UCGACCGGAAGUAGCUCUCUCCACACGUCGGUAGUUUGCGCCUUGACGAACGGUCCAGUCAUUCCCCUUCAGAGGACGGCAGCUGUUAGCUAGCUGCUCAAACAAAUCCACAACAAGGAUAACAGACGUCUGUGUACAGUCUGAGAUGCUAGGUGCUAGUCCAUGGGUGUGAGCAGACUGGAUGUAUUUUACAGAAGGCUGCUCCUCACCAAACUCUUCAUUGGAGGAUGGGGAAAGCCUGAAGAUCUCAAAAGAAUCUUUGAGUUCCGUAAGAUCAUUGGAGACAGAGAGAAGUGCAAGUCUCUGGUACCCAAGGACUACCCAGUUUACCUUAACAAGACAGAGGACCACACUGACUGUCAGAUCCACGAUGGGUUCUUUAUCUCUCCUCUGGAGCACUUGGUUCCUGGAAUCCUGCCACCAGAGGCUGUCAAAGCCAGGUUCCAGUUUAUAGUUCCAAAGAGGUGGCAGAAGAACAGACCAGUAUGUAUCCACUUGGCUGGGACUGGAGACCACUUUUUCUGGCGCCGGCGGACCCUGAUGGCCAGACCCAUGAUCAAAGAAGCAGGAAUGGCUUCACUGCUUCUGGAGAACCCUUAUUAUGGCUAUCGUAAACCCAAAGACCAACUGCGGUCCUGUCUAAAGAAUGUGUCAGACCUGUUUGUGAUGGGAGGGGCUUUGAUCCUCGAGUCAACAGUGCUUCUCCAUUGGCUGGAGAGAGAAGGUUACUGGCCACUAGGAAUGACUGGCAUCUCCAUGGGAGGAUAUAUGGCGUCUCUGGCAGUGACUAAUUGGCCGAAGCCGAUACCUCUGGUUCCUUGUUUGUCCUGGUCCACUGCCUCUAGUGUCUUCACCACGGGAGUACUGAGUAAAGCAGUAAACUGGACAGAGCUAGAGAAGCAGUAUGCCAUUAACUUAGUGUAUGAGGAGGAGAUCAUCAAGCUGCUGGAAUACUGUGGGGCUGAUUCCUUUAAGAUGGGUCCAGGACAUGUGGAGAAUGUGGACUGUUUAGAGCAUCUGUUGGGCCUCUCUAGACAGGACAGGGCAUCAGUUGUCCAGAACUCUAAAGCAGGAGGGGAAGCGGAGGCUAGACAAGGCCUGAUGAUCGGUGGUCCUGAAGGGUGCAGGGCUGGAGACAGAGUACAUCAGUAUUUAUCAUCAGUGAACACCAGUGGAACAAACGUGGACACUCUACCAGGAAGCCCUCAUUCCAACAACAUCCUGCAUGGGAAGAAGAUGGAUACGGCCAAAUGCUGUCGGCCAUCAUUACAUAGAGAGUCUAUAAGCUUCAUGAAGGGAGUGAUGGACGAAUGUACACACAUGGCCAACUUCUCUGUGCCUGUGGACACCAGUCUCAUCAUUGUGGUCCAGGCCAAAGAGGACGCCUACAUCCCUCGUACAGGGGUCCUCAGUCUGCAGGAGAUCUGGCCAGGAUGUGAAGUCAGAUAUCUGAAUGGAGGACACAUCAGUGCAUAUUUGUUUAAACAGAAUGUCUUCAGACAGGCCAUAUAUGAUACAUUCAACAAGUUCUGCUUGAAGUAUCCCAACCUGCAUUAACUGUGGCAGACUGAAGCCCUUUCCUCCCUGUAAGAGCAUCAGGACCUGUUGUUGGACAUUGGAAGUCCUCAAAAGACCUCAGCUUCAGCAUACAGUUUGACAGUUAGGAUCUCUUAUACAGCCAUGUGUCUGAGCUUUACAAGCUAUCUUUAUGUAAAGGUCAGCUAUGCACAGUCACUGUCUAAUUCUUUGCUUCCGUGCUUCUACAAAGGGAUCCAUAGAGCACCCAAACAAAUCUAAGUGAGUCAAAUUUUAAAAGCAGCAGAAAUGUAGUGGGAUGUCUUUUCUAAUUUAAAAGGAACACUCAGGUUUCUAGUUUCACUUUGGUAAAUUGAUAUGAAUAGACAAGUGUGUUCUCCUGUUGUGACUGGUUCACGCCACUAGGGUGGACCUGUCCAUCCUCAUGCAGCUGUGUCAUGUUAGCAUACAGACAUAUGACAGACAUAUGUCUGUAUAGCAUAAAGGAUAACAUGAGCAUGUCAAUAAAAGAAAAUUAAAGCAUGAGAAGGUUUGUACUUCGGAAAUGUUUCUUCACAGCAGACUUGCUCUUGCUCUGGACUGACUACUACUGCUUUUCUGCUGUGGCCGCUUUUACUGAUCAUCCAAAAUGUUAAAUUUGCUUGUGACAGAGCUUCUCUUUUCUUCUUUGUCUAUGUCCAUGACAACAUGCUAUACACUUGUACACUAUCUGGCUUAGGUUCCGACUGGUGAUUUUUCUUAAUGAUUAAAUAUAAUCAGCCGUAAUCAACAGUUUUGAAAGUAAGUCACAAAUUAUGUCCAUAUGAUGAUCAUGAGUUUUAAACAAUGCAUAUAAUCAUCAGGUAAAUGUAUUGCCAGAUUUCAACACGAAUGUCAAGCAUAUUCACCAGCUUGAUUUUUAUAUAUCUAUACAUUUAUAGAAUUUGAAGCAUUAAAGGUGCAGUGUGUACGAUUUGGGGACUUGGAAUGGAAAUAAUAUUCAUAACUAUGUUUUCAUGCAUGUAUAAUCACCUUAAAAUAGGAAUGUUUUUGUUACCUUAAAAUGAGACUUUUAUAUCUACAGCGAGAGCGGGUCCUCUUUCAUGGAGGCCACCAUAUUGAAACACCAUGUUUCUACUGUAACCCAGAACAUAAAAACUAAAUAGUGACUCUAAACAGGGCCCUCAAAGGGUUGUUUCUCCUUUACACUAGGAGGGUGAGGGUGAUACUGCAAUGCAGCGAUUAUACCACUAGAUGUAACUAAAUUCUACACAUUGGACCUUUAAUAUGUUAUUGGUAGGACCUAAAAAAGUGUGUUAUAAUUUUAUAAUGAGGUGCUCGUGUUUGUGUGUUUUCAAUUAUAUUAAUAAAGUGGUGCUACAUAUCUAAAACACACUGCCGUCUAAAAUGUCACUCAAUUCAAGUCAAUCUGUAAAAUGACAGAAAGAAUUAAAAGAUUACUCUUCAGGAUUCAGUAUUUUUCAACAUCAACAAUUUCCAUGUGCCAUUCAUGUAUUGCUCCAACUAGUAUUGUCUGUAUAUCAAAAUCCUGAUCUGUGCCAUAGAGCUUCAUUGUUCCAAUAACUAUUAAAAACGAACUACUGUA